GCUCCUUCUAUUAACCGCCCUCAUGACACGGCUCUCUUUUAGCGCUAUUUAAUUCUGGAGCACUUGUCUUGUCCCCUAAGUAAACAGGAUUAAGCAAAGAGAAAUGGCAGACUCAUCAUCGGCGGCCAAGUCUGAUGCAGAGACCGAAGAAUUGCUGGAUCGAAUGCUGACCCGACUGGCUUUAUGUGACGAUUCCAAACUCCAAGCGUUACUCUCCAAGCUACUUCCUCUCACCCUCUCCUCUCUCUCCUCUCAGUCUACUGCUGUUCGCAACAAGGUUCUUGAAAUUUUGAGUCAUGUGAACAAGAGAGUGAAACACCAGUCUGAGAUUGGCUUGCCAUUGCUGGAGUUAUGGAAAUUGUAUACAGACUCUAAUGCUACUCCAAUGGUUAAGAACUUUUGCAUUGUGUAUAUUGAGAUGGCAUUUGAACGCACAGAUAUAAAGGAAAAAGAAAAUAUGGCACCUAUGCUUUUAUCUAACAUUUGUAAACUCCCUCAUCAACAUCAAGAGAUUAUCCUGAGAAUUGCUACUAAGGUGUUUGGUGAAUGUCAUGCCAGUCAGAUUGACGAAGAGAUUGCCAAAAAAUAUAGAUUAGCAAAUGAUUCUCAGGAUAGAGAAUUGUUCAUUGAAUUCUGCCUUCAUUUGAUGUUGUUUCAGCAGCCAUCUCAAGGUGGAGGAUGUCCACCUGGACUUUCAAUAGCUCAAAGUGAUCGUGUUACAGGAAAGCAUCCUUUGAAAAGUGAUGUGCUUUUGAUGAGAAAGUUGGGGAUUUUGAAUGUCAUUGAAGCUAUGGAGCUGGAUCCAGAAGUUGUUUAUCCCAUAUAUCUGGCUGCUAGUGCAGAUUGUCAAGAGCCUGUUAUUAAGAAGGGGGAGGAGCUUUUGAAGAAGAAGGCAUCCACUGCUAAUUUUGAUGAUCCGAAAUUGAUGAAGAAAUUGUUUUUACUAUUUAAUGGUACGACUGGAGCUGAAAAUGUUGCACCAGAAUCUAGAGUCACUCCUGGAAAUAUUGCUUUGAAAGCAAAGCUGAUGUCUAUAUUUUGCCGCUCUAUUACAGCAGCAAACAGUUUCCCUGCAACUCUGCAAUGUAUAUUUGGCUGCAUAUAUGGGAGUGGCACCACCUCAAGGAUGAGGCAGUUGGGAAUGGAAUUCACUGUUUGGGUGUUUAAACAUGCACAAAUCAAUCAGCUAAAGCUCAUGGGCCCUGUUAUACUGAAUGGUAUUCUGAAGUUACUUGAUAGUUUUUCAAAUUCAGAAUCAGAUGUUAUUGCUAGGGACACCAAAACCUUUUCUUUUCAAGCUAUUGGAUUGCUCGCACAGCGCCUGCCCAAUCUAUUUAGGGACAAGAUUGACAUGGCUGUUCGUCUUUUUGAUGCAUUGAAAGUGGAGGCCCAAUCGCUUCGUUUCAUUAUCCAAGAAGCAACCAGUUCUCUUGCUGUUGCAUACAAGGGAGCUCCAGCUACUGUUUUGAUGGAUUUGGAGGCCCUUCUGUUGAAUAAUUCUCAAGUGGAACAAAAUGAAGUACGUUUCUGUGCUGUGAGAUGGGCAACAUCUUUAUUUGAUUUGCAACAUUGCCCAAGCCGAUUUAUUUGUAUGCUUGCAGCAGCAGAUUCUAGGUUGGAUAUAAGGGAAAUGGCACUUGAAGGCUUGUUUCCUGUCAAGGACAAAGGCCGAAGUACCGAUCAAAAUCUUGAUCUUAAGUACCCAAAACUUGGAAACAUGUUGGAUUACAUUCUUAAACAGCAACCAAAGUUGUUAGAUUCAAGUGAAAUAAGGGAGCAAAAGCUUAUUUUUCCAUCAAAAGUGUAUGUGGCUAUGAUGAAAUUUUUGUUGAAGUGUUUUGAGUCUGAGUUAGAGCAAAGUAAUUCCUUAGAGAGAUCAUCAGAAUUUCUCUCUUCAGUGGAAACAAUGUGUUUACUUCUAGAACAUGCUAUGGCAUAUGAAGGCACUGCUGAAUUGCAUUCCACUUCUUCAAAGGCAUUAAUUACAAUCGCAUCUUAUCUUCCAGAGAUGAUAGCAUCACAUUAUGGAUCUAGAAUUUCAUGGCUAAAGCAAUUAUUGAGUCAUGUAGACUUAGAUACACGUGAAUCUUCAGCACGCCUACUUGGCAUAGCUUGCUCUGCUCUUCCUAGUCCUGCAUCAUCAGAUCUUAUAUAUGAAAUGCUUUCCUUGGUUAGCGUAACAAACAAUUUAAGAUUUGAGGCAAAACAUGGAGCGUUGUGUGCUGUAGGAUACAUCACUGCAGACUGUAUGUCUAGAAUACCUGCUAUCCCAGAUACAUUGUUUCAGAAUAUCCUUAGAUGCCUGACUGAUGUUGCUAAGUCUGAGACUGCAAUUUUGGCCUCUGUUGCAAUGGAAGCUUUAGGUCAUAUUGGGCUACGUGUCCCAUUGCCUCCGCUUUGUGAUAGUUCAGGUUCAGUGGAGAUUCUGUCGCUCUUACAUGAAAAGUUGAGCAAACUACUCUCUGGCGAUGACAUUAAAGCAAUUCAGAAAAUUGUUAUCUCCCUUGGACAUAUAUGUGUAAAGGAAACAUCAUCUUCACACUUGAAUAUUGCUCUUGAUUUGAUUUUUAGUCUGUGUCGGUCAAAGGUUGAGGAUAUCCUUUUUGCUGCUGGGGAAGCUCUGUCAUUUUUGUGGGGUGGUGUUCCUGUGACAUCGGAUUUUAUUCUCAAAACUAACUAUUCUUCACUUUCCAUGAUGUCAAACUUUCUUUUGGGAGAUGUGAACUUAUCUUUGUCAAAAUGCAGCUUUAAUGGGAAAAGUGAAGCUAAUGAAGACUUUCAUGCGACAGUUAGAGAUGCAAUUACAAGAAAACUUUUUGAUGUUCUUUUAUACAGUAGCAGAAAAGAAGAGCGCUGUGCUGGAACUGUUUGGUUAUUAUCACUGGCAAUGUAUUGCGGCCAUCACCCAACCAUCCAACAAAUGCUUCCAGAAAUUCAGGAUGCAUUUUCACAUCUACUAGGUGAACAGAAUGAACUUACACAAGAACUUGCAUCCCAGGGCAUGAGUAUUGUCUAUGAACUUGGGGAUGAAUCAAUGAAGAAAAGCUUAGUAGAUGCACUUGUAACCACUUUAACUGGUUCAGGGAAAAGGAAAAGAGCUAUCAAGCUAGUUGAAGACUCUGAGGUGUUUCAAGAGGGGGCCAUUGGUGAAAGUCACAGUGGAGGGAAGCUUAGCACAUACAAGGAGCUCUGCAAUCUAGCUAAUGAGAUGGGUCAGCCAGACUUAAUUUAUAAGUUUAUGGAUUUGGCUAAUCAUCAAGCUUCUUUGAAUUCCAAGAGAGGUGCUGCUUUUGGGUUUUCAAAGAUAGCCAAGCAAGCUGGGGAUGCCCUCCAACCUCACUUACGGUUAUUGAUUCCGCGACUAGUUAGGUAUCAAUAUGAUCCAGAUAAAAAUGUACAGGAUGCAAUGGCACACAUAUGGAAGUCGCUAGUGGCAGACCCUAAGAACACUAUUGAUCAACACUUGGACAUUAUCAUCGAUGAUUUGACUAUACAAUGUGGAUCUAGGCUUUGGCGAUCACGUGAGGCUUCUUGUCUUGCGCUUGCUGAUAUUAUCCAAGGACGAAAAUUUGAACAGGUUGGGAAGCAUUUGAAGAAAAUAUGGACAGCAGCAUUCCGUGCCAUGGAUGACAUAAAGGAAACUGUUCGAAAUGCUGGUGACAGAUUAUGCCGUGCUGUAUCUUCAUUAACAAUAAGGUUAUGUGAUGUCUCACUUACUGACAUAUCAGACACCAGAAAAGCAAUGGAAAUUUCUCUGCCGUUGUUGCUUAUGGAAGGCAUAUUAAGUAAAGUUGACAGUAUUCGUAAGGCUUCGAUUGGAGUUGUUAUGAAGCUUGCAAAGGGUGCAGGAAUUGCACUUCGUCCACAUUUAUCAGAUUUAGUUUGUUGCAUGCUUGAAAGUUUAUCAAGUCUUGAAGACCAAGGGCUCAAUUACGUUGAGUUGCAUGCUUCAAACAUUGGGAUACAGGCAGAGAAGCUCGAUAAUUUGCGGAUUUCAAUUGCAAAAGGCUCCCCAAUGUGGGAAACUCUCGAUCUAUGCAUAAAUGUUGUGAACACUGAAACGCUAGAUCUAUUGGUUCCUCGUCUUGCUCAUUUGGUUCGAUCAGGGGUUGGCCUCAACACUAGGGUUGGCGUUGCCAACUUCAUUAGCUUAUUGGUUCAGAGAGUUGGCACAGAUAUAAAACCAUUUGCAAGUAUGCUAUUAAGGCUGUUGUUUCCAGUUGUGACGGAGGAGAAGAGUACUGUCGCAAAACGUGCUUUUGCAAGCUCUUGUGCCAUGGUUUUGAAGCAUGCAAGUCCCUCGCACGCUCAAAAGUUAAUUGAAGAAACUACAGCUUUGCAUAUUGGGGAAGGGAAUGUGCAAAUUUCAUGUGCAAUCCUUUUGAAAAGCUAUUCAUCAGUGGCAUCUGAUGUUGUGAGCGGAUAUCAUGCAGUGAUUUUUCCAGUUAUAUUUAUUUCUAGAUUUGAUCAUGACAAGUAUGUUUCUGGGCUAUUUGAGGAGUUGUGGGAAGACAACAUGAGUGGUGAAAGGAUCACUGUUCAGUUGUAUCUGGGAGAAAUUGUUUCUUUAAUUUGUGAGGGUUUUGCGUCAUCAUCUUGGGCAAGGAAAAGAAAGUCAGCCCAGGCAAUUUGUAAGCUUAGUGAAGUCUUGGGUGAAUCACUGUCUUCUUGUUGCCAUGUUCUGCUUGAAGCUCUUAUGAAGGAAAUUCCUGGUCGACUAUGGGAGGGAAAGGAUACUCUUUUAGAUGCAAUAGGUGCACUUUCUACAUCUUGCCAUAAAGCUAUCGCCUCCGAAAAUCCUGCCACCCCUAAGGCAGUUUUGGAUAUAGUAUAUUCUGCAUGCACAAAGAAGGUGAAGAAAUACCGUGAAGCAGGUUUCUCUUCUCUUGACCAGGUCAUAAAAGCAUUUGGUGAUCCAGAUUUCUUUAAUUCCAUUUUUCCACAAUUAUUUGGGAUGUGCAGCUCAACUGUUGCCAAUAUAUCUGGCCCAAUACCUAUGGCAAGUGAUGCAGUUAAGACAGAAUCAGAUGACGUUGAAGACUCUUCUGUUCCCCGAGAAAAGAUUCUGGGCUGCGUCUUGUCUUGCAUCUGUGUGGCACGUGUAAAUGAUAUUCUCGAACAGAAAAAGAACUUGACGGAUAUGUUAUUAGUGUCCCUCUCCCCUGGUUUUCAGUGGACAGUAAAAAUGUCAGCAUUUUCAUUAAUUAAAGAGCUUUGCUCGAGGCUCAGCAUUUCCAACGGCUCUGAGGAAAUAUCUCUACAUGGUAGCAUAACUUCUUUAGUUCAGGAGUUGUUUCACUCUUUAACACCUAAAAUAGUGGAGUGCAUAAGCACUGUAAAGAUUGCCCAGGUUCACAUCACUGCUUCAGAGUGCCUUCUGGGUAUCACCAAGCUGUGCAGACAACUCGCAUCAGUGAACUGGACAGAUGUGGGGUUUAAAGAAGAGCUGCUUCAUCUAUGUGAGGUGGAAAAAAAUGAGGAGGCAAAGUCAUAUUUGAAAAGAUGCAUUGAAAUCUUUGAAAACCUGGAUUAAAAAUCUUUGGCAAAGUCAUAGUGUUGCUGAUACCAAAGGGAAAAGCCUUCCCCCUAACUAAGCUCAGAUUGAACCCAAGAAUCCUCACGCUCUCCAUCCACCGGGUCUGCAAUCCACAAUGGUCCCAGGUUCACUUUAUUGCAAAAAGUUUGCUAAUAAGCGAUUCUGUAUCACUGAUUCAUAGGAUUUUUAAGUAGAAUCUAAUUUGGCAUACAUUUUUGAGCCUAAAUCCAUGUCAAAUGCCAACUGACCAUGCAAAUUUUCAUCUCUA